AUGGAAUCUGGGAGAAGGGGAUGGAAUCUGGGAGAAGGAGAUGGAAUCUGGGAGAAGGGGAUGGAAUCUGGGAGAAGGGGAUGGAAUGAGGGAGAAGGGGAUGGAAUCUGGGAGAAGGGGAUGGAAUCUGGGAGAAGGGGAUGGAAUCUGGGAGAAGGGGAUGGACUCUGGGAGAAGGGGAUAGAAUCUGGGAGAAGGGGAUGGAAUCAGGGAGAAGGGGAUGGAAUCAGGGAGAACGGGAUGGAGUCUGGGAGAAGGGGAUGGAAUCAGGAAGAAGGGGAUGAAAUGUGGGAGAAGGGGAUGGAAUCUGGGAGAAGGGGGUGGACUCUAGGAGAAGGGGAUGGAAUCUGGGAGAAGGGGGUGGAAUCUGGGAGAAGGGGAUGGAAUCUGGGAGAAGGGGAUGGAAUCUGGGAGAAGGGGAUGGAAUCUGGGAGAAGGGGAUGGAAUCUGGGAGAAGGGGAUGGAGUCUGGCAGAAGAGGGUGGAAUCUGGGAGAAGGGGAUGGAAUCUGGGAGAAGGGGAUGGAAUCUGGGAGAAGGGGGAGAAGGGGAUGGAAUCUGGGAGAAGGGGAUGGAAUCUGGGAGAAGGAGAUGGAAUCUGGGAGAAGGGGAUGGAAUCUGGGAGAAGGGGAUGGAAUGAGGGAGAAGGGGAUGGAAUCUGGGAGAAGGGGAUGGAAUCUGGGAGAAGGGGAUGGAAUCUGGGAGAAGGGGAUGGACUCUGGGAGAAGGGGAUAGAAUCUGGGAGAAGGGGAUGGAAUCAGGGAGAAGGGGAUGGAAUCAGGGAGAACGGGAUGGAGUCUGGGAGAAGGGGAUGGAAUCAGGAAGAAGGGGAUGAAAUGUGGGAGAAGGGGAUGGAAUCUGGGAGAAGGGGGUGGACUCUAGGAGAAGGGGAUGGAAUCUGGGAGAAGGGGAUGGAAUCUGGGAGAAGGGGAUGGACUCUGGGAGAAGGGGAUGGAAUCUGGGAGAAGGGGAUGGAAUCCGGGAGAAGGGGAUGGAAUCAGGGAGAAGGGGAUGGAAUCUGGGAGAAGGGGAUGGAAUCAGGGAGAAGGGGAUGA